GUUUUCAUCAGACGGCAACUUGGCGCCAACACCACCAGAAGACUCGUGUGGCCAGUUUGGCCGGAAGAAACGCUGUCGUUUUGGUUUUGUUUUGUUUUUGUUUUUUUUUGUUUUCAGCUCACUCUCUCCCGCUUGGAUAUUUCUAUUUUUUCGGAUCCAAUUAGACGACGUCGCAGCCAUUGGCUGUCUGACCGUGUUCGUUGAAGUUUCAAUCCCACUUGUCCUCGUCGUCUUCUUCCAUCUUCUUUCUCCAAUUUGAUGCCAACAGAAUCGAAAGCAAAAAGAAAUAGAGAGCUUUUAAGGUUUCUAAUACGUCUCUGAUGCGUAACCAAACCCUAAAUAUCCUCCGGGUUUCGUACAAUCCGGUGCUACUUCAAUGUCCACAACAACAACAACAAGAAUCAAUUCUUGCCGCUCUGUUCCCUACUAUUUUUCCCCAAAAAAAUUUUCCCAUUCUACAGUUAGGGUUUUUCUGAAGCCUCCGUCAUUCAAUUUCUCACUCAAAUGUAGAUCACCUGCCAUCUCUUUCGGUAGCAAUUCAAAAAAUAGAUUUAGAUUUUGGUGCUUCACUCACCGGGAGUCUGCUUCAGAGAUCCAUGGGUUCGAGUUCUCAGAAGAGGCUGCGAAGUCCGAAACCGAAAAGCUAAAUGAUACAAGUGAAAAUUGGGUUUCGGGUGUUAAGAGGGUUGCUGAUGCACUUUUCGGUGUGGAACCAUGGACUGUGCCAUGGACAGUAAAGACCAUUGUGCGGGUCAUGCUUCUUUGGAUUACCUCAUUUUGGUUAGUGGGGUCAUGGAUAAUUCCGUUCUUAGCCCACACGGUAGGGUUUAGAAAGGAAACCCUGACAUUCAGAGGACAAGCUUUGUACAGUCUGUUGACCGAUGUGGCUGAAGGUCUUGCUGGGAUAGGAAUCCUCCAUCUCUGUCUUGCAAGAUUUCGCCCUUUUCCAUCAGAUUGGUUCGAGUUUAGCCUUAAAGGGAAGUGGCAUUUUGAUGUUGGUUUGGGCUGCCUCAUGUUUCCACUUGUCAACCAGCUCUCACAAGUCAACCUAAUUUUGUUGCCUCAUCUCCCCUCUGCUCCUGUUGCAGUCUCAAGUGUUGAGCAAUCAAUUGUCGCACGGGACCCAAUAGCAAUGGCCCUCUAUGCGGUGGUGGUUUCAGUUUGUGCUCCAAUUUGGGAAGAGAUUGUUUUUCGCGGCUUCCUUCUACCUUCCUUGACCAAGUACAUGCCCGUAUGGUGCUCUGUAAUAGUAAGUUCCAUAGCUUUUGCUCUGGCACAUUUCAACAUGCAGAGGGUGCUUACGCUUAUAUUCCUUGGGAUGGUUAUGGGCUCUGUCUUUACGCGGUCAAGGAACCUUUUACCAUCAGUGCUGUUGCAUAGCUUGUGGAAUGCUUUUGUAUUUUUAGAUCUCAUGAAAUGAUAGACCAAUCUAUUCUCUUCUUUAAAUCAAUAAUUAGUAAUCAAAUUAUUGUGAGGGGAUUUACUGGAAAUCUGGUUUUGUCCCUUGACUGCUGUUAUUUUCCCCCCGGGGGGGGGGGGGGGGGGGGGGGGGGGUGUGUGGUGUGGGGUGUGGGGCGGGGAGAGGAAUGAAGGGUUGAAAUUUGUAAUCUGUACUUCAAUAUUCAAAUUUCAGAAAUUGUAAAAAUUAAGAAUAUUUAUCAGACUAAUUUAAUUAUAUCAUGAUUUCGGGUUGAUGCUUUUA